AUGUCUCUGGACUUCGCUGACCUCCUGGAGAGCGGCAGGUAUGCCGACGUUGAGUUCGUCGUGCGGUCCGGCCCGUACUCCGUGUCCAGGACCUUCAAGGCCCACAAACAGCUGUUGGCCAUGCGAAGUGACGUAUUUGGCGCCAUGUUUGAAGGACCGCUCCACGAACGGGACACCGUCCUCAUCAGUGACCUGCACCCCGAUGGCUUCCACGGGCUUCUCAAGUACGUGUACACAGGACGGUCCGCUGUUAACAACAUCGAAGAUGCCAUCUACACAAGAGACGCGGCUGAGAAGUACCGCUUCCUAGAUCUCGCCAACACCUGCACCGAAUAUAUUGAAAGUCACCUCGAAGCAGACGACGUGUGCACGGUGGUCGACUACUCGUUGGUGACUUACGGUGCAGUCAAAGACGACGUGGUGGAAGACGUGAUCUUGGACAACGCUGAAUCCAUGCUGUCGUCUGCUGCCUUCACGAUCUCCACGGAGCAGACGGUGAACUUCGUUUUGGACAGGGUGCAGGGCGUUCCCACGAAGGUGGUCAUCAAGGCCGUGCUCCGUUGGGCAGGCGCGCAGUGCGGUCCCGACGUCGCCAACUGGGAGUACAGCGGGACAGUCGCCGCCGCUGUGAGGAAGUUCCUGCCCAAGCUCAAGUUCCUGGCGCUCAGCGUGCGGCAGAUGACGAAAUUCAUCGCGGCCGACGCCACGUGGGACAUUCUCUCGCCGGACGAGGCGUGCGCCAUCUUGUGCGAGAUCAUCGAACCCGGGAGGGCGUCGUCGCUGCCGGAGUGGCUGAACCUUGAGCGUGACAUUUUCGCCAGGCCCGAAUCGACUUCGCGGGAACCCCCCCGCCGCAUUAGACGUCGCCGAGUCGGCGGCGAUUCGAUUCCCUUGCGCGGCCGAGAUGAUGCGGCCGGAUUCCAAAAACGCGACCACGCUGUGCCGCCGAUGCAAAGGCCAACGGGACAUCUUGUUUCUUACUUUCUUUCUCUGCUUUUUUAACACAUAUAAAGACGCUGUGAUGUUCCCCGUCAUUUCUAUAGUCUGUCCAUAGUCAUUUUCUGUAAUCUGUGCGUAACAGAAAAUUACGUUCCGGUGUCGUGCUCAUGUGUCAUGUUCUCAGGCGGAGGAGAAUUUCAAAUCAAGUUUUUUCCCCCUUUUAUUCUAAUUCUGUGGGUUUUCCGCAGAAGUGAUUUUUUUUGCUUGUAUGCGCAUGCGCGCGUUCAAAUAAACGGUGAUUAAAAAAAAUCCGGAAA